CAACUGUGUGGUGUGGUCACAUGGCCCUUGAGCGCUUCCCAGGAAUGAAAUAAGGUUCUUGUGGAGUAUGGACUCGUCCGGUGGAGACCCCGGCCCUCCCAAAAUCUUCGUUGCGUUCAUAGGCCUCAUGUUUGGUGUGAUCAUCCUGGGUAUUUUGGUAGCGUGCUUGGAGAAGACGGGUCUCCUCAAAUGCCAGGAGGACACGACCGGUGACAACUCCGACCAAACAAGGCCCCAACAACAACAGGCUCUGUUCGGUCAAAACCAGAUUCCGCUCCGACAACAAUUUUGGUUCGAUCAGAACCAGAUUCCUGUCCAAAUGUCACCGCCGCCGCCUGUACUUUUCCGGCCGAUUCCAAACCCGCAACUGGAGUUCGCUACCAUGGAGAGAUUCUUGAAUGAGAUGGAGAACGAGAAACCGAUCAGAUUCUCCUCGAACGAGCUCAAGGCCUUAACCAACAAUUUCUCCGCAGUUUUGGGUUCGGGUGGUUACGGAGUUGUGUACAGAGGCGAGUUCACCACUGCCAUUCCAGUGGCCGUGAAAGUGCUGACGAGCUCCUCCGACAAGAGAAUCGAGGAGCAGUUCAUGGCAGAAGUCAGCGCCAUCGGAAGAGCUAACCAUAUUAACCUGGUGAGACUUUACGGGUUCUGCUUCGAACGAGACAUGAGAGCUCUCAUCUACGAGUUCAUGGAGAAUGGAUCGCUUGACGAGUUGUUAUUCGACCCGAAAAAGGAGAUCGGGUGGGAGAAACUGAGAGAGAUCACGAUCGGUACAGCAAAAGGGCUUGCUUAUCUGCACGAGGAGUGCCGGAAGAGAAUCAUUCACUACGACAUUAAACCUGCAAACAUACUCCUGGACGGUGACUUGCGGCCCAAGGUUUCCGAUUUCGGACUUGCCAAGCUCUGUAGCGUCGAUGUCAGUCAGAUUACGAUGACGGGAUGUCGAGGGACACCUGGAUACGCAGCUCCGGAGUUGUGGGAGCCAUUUCCGGUGAGCCACAAGUGCGAUAUCUACAGUUUUGGGAUUGUGCUGUUCGAGACACUGGCGAGGAGAAGGCACCAUGAUCAGAACGUGAAGGAAGAGUCCAAACAAUGGCUUCCACGGUGGGCAUGGGAAGCACUCAGCAAUGGCGAACUCAGUGAGAUGCUGUCUGAAUUGGGGAUAGAGGAGAAAGACAUGGAGAAAGCUGUAAGAAUGGCGAUGACAGCUCUGUGGUGCAUCCAGCAGAGGCCAGAGGCGAGACCGAUGAUUAGCAACGUGGCCAUGAUAUUGGAGGGAAGUGUGGAGAUCGAACCGCCGCCUUGUCCGUUCAAGAGCUUCCAUGGAACUGCACCGAGUUCCGGUGGAUCUGAUGGAUUGAGUUCUUCUUCAGCAACCUCCGAAUCCGCCGUUUCGAAGCCUCACCACAUUACCAAGGAGAUCCAAACAUUAUGAAUAUAGUUGUUGUAAAUUGUUUGAUUUUCUGUUGCGAUUUUUAUUUCAACUUCAGCCAUAAUGCAAAUGUGAAUGAGGGUAUUGAAGA